AUCCGAGAACUGCACAGAAAUUGUGUGUCUGACGAACUGCAAAUGGAACAAUACUGGCAUUGCGGCUGCAAACUGCACUACAACCACCAAUGCCCCAACAACCACCAAUACCCCAACAACCACCAAUGCCCCAACAACCACCAAUGCCCCAACAACCACCAAUGCCCCAACAACCACCAAUGCCCCAACAACCACCAAUGCCCCAACAAUCACCAAUGCCCCAACAACCACCAAUGCCCCAACAACCACCAAUGCCCCAAAAACCACCAAUGCCCCAAAAACCACCAAUGCCCCAACAACCACCAAUGCCCCAAAAACCACCAAUGCCCCAAAAACCACCAAUGCCCCAAAAACCACCAAUGCCCCAAAAACCACCAAUGCCCCAAAAACCACCAAUGCCCCAAAAACCACCAAUGCCCCCAAAACCACCAAUGCCCCAACAACCACCAAUGCCCCAACAACCACCAAUGGGAUGAUGGCGGUGACGGCAGAGCAUCCAGGUCAUCCAGAACAGGUCUUACUGCAAGACCACGUCGACUAU